AUGGAUUUACCACCACGCAGUGUAGUCGAAUCUGCGCUUUCGAAGAAUUCUGAUCCAUCGAUAAAUAUUGGAAAGGAAAGUCGAAUAUCUCAGAUUUGCUGUAUUGCUUACGGCCUUAUCUAUUUGUAUCCGUACACUGCACUACAAGCGAAUCCGCGACAGGUUGUAGCUACGAAAAUACCGUCAGCUAUUGCAUUGGCUUUUGUCUUUGUUCUUGCUGUCUUUGGUCACAAUCGUCGUCUCAGGUCUGCACGAAUGUGUCUCUCUUUCAAGUCAACACAAAAGUAUCGAUCUCGCGUGCACGCUCACGGGUCCGUCUGUAAUUCCCACAAGGGUGUGAUUGCAUACGAUCAGAUCUUGAUUUGUGCACUACCCAAAAAUCCAAUUACACGAGUUUGA